ACGGUUCUGGGGUUCAUCUGAGUUCAAGGACGACUCCGUGGGCCUCGUCGGCCCCACUGGUCUAGGCGCGCUCCCGCAGGGCCUUCUCCAGCAGGACUCGCAGGCGGCGGCGGCGAGAGCUCAGCUCCCUUUCCCCUCCCCGGAGCACGGGGCCCGCUGGCGCCGGGAGAAGCAGGCCACCCAGGGCAGCGCGCGCCAUGCGGGACCCGCAGCUCCCCGCCUCGGCCUCGCGCUUGCCGCCCCCGCGGCACGGCCAGCCGCAGCCCCAGUGAGGAGGAAGAGGCGGAGGAGGAGGCGCCGCCCCCUUGGCGAGCUCGGCGCCCCGGCCGGCCUUGGCAGGACCCAUGGCGGAUCUCUCGCCCGCGCCGGCCCUGCGGGAAGGCGGCCCCCGUGCGCAACGGCCCUCGGCGCCCUCCCCUCCGCCGCGCUCCCGCUCCAGCUCGGAGCCGGAGGAGGCCGAGCUGUCGCUGAGCCUGGCCCGCACCAAGACCCGCUCGUACGGCAGCACGGCCAGCGUGCGGGCGCCCCUGGGCGCCGGCGUCAUCGAGCGCCAUGUGGAGCACCGGGUCCGCGCCGGAGACACGCUGCAGGGCAUCGCGCUCAAAUGGAACAGAUUAAGAGGGCCAACAAACUGUUUACCAAUGACUGCAUAUUCCUGAAGAAAACUCUGAGCAUCCCGAUCCUAUCAGAGAAGCCUUUGGUGUUUAAUGGACUCAACUCCAUUGACUCUCCAGAAAAGGAAGCUGUUGACGGCAGUUUUUGUUGUGAAGAGGAGCCCUCGGCGGCUGGGGAAGAACUGCCCCCUCCCAGUCCUCAGGACCCAGACCCCAAGCCUGCACAGCCCGAGGAAGUGUCCGCCAGAGAUUUCCUGCAGAGACUUGAUUUACAGAUUAAGCUAUCCACACAGGCAGCCAGGAAACUCAAAGAAGAGAGCAGGGAUGAAGACAGCCCCUAUGCCACUUCUCUUUAUCAUAGUUAGUGACUGGCGGACGGACAGCACUCCAACCCUGAUCACAGAAUGGCUGGACCCUAAAGAAACCACCGGCCCAGGGUUCAGGAGCAACACUGACUUCUGGACUCCCAUAGCGCACGCCUCUUUGGGCCACAGAUAUGUAGACCAACCGCAGCUGCACUGAAGUGGCCGGUUCCUCUGGCUUCCUGUAGUUAAGUCUUCUUAUGGCAUGAUAGCAAAGCUGUACUUAUCCUAAAGCCUAUCACGUUUCUAGACGGUGAGAGUUUUCGACCAGCUAUUGUAGAUGCAAAAAGCUUCCAAGACUAUUUAUAUAUUUAAGCCAAAAGCAAUGCCUGUUUCCUGAUGAGAUUGUCAGUGUGUGGAAAACCUGGCGGCUGUGAAGUGAUAAUGCGUUUGCUGUGUGUUUAUAACUCAAGUGCUAUAAUAUAUAUUUCAGUAUCACAUAUUCUGUACUAAUGUAAAGAACCAAAUUUUGUCUGCUAUUUUGUAAAAGUACAAACGUCUGGAUGAGAAAAUAAACUAUGUUUUCACAUAGGA